GGAUUAUUUGUUGAUCAUGGAAAUGGAAUAAGACCUUUACCUGUUGAUUGUUUACUUUUCUUUUGGACGAUUGCUGCAUUUCUUCGUGGUACUCACUCUUUGUGUAUGUUAACUAAUGCUUAUACAAAGUAUUGGCAGAAAGAAACCUUUCAAGAACUUGGUUUUACUGUUUUAUGUUAUGGUGCCGUUUGUUAUAAUAUUGGAAUUAUAUAUACAAUUCCUGUAAAUUAUUCAGGUGGGAAACAGACCCUUAAGGUCGAUAAUAAAGGUGAAGCAAGUGACAUAUCUGUACGUGAUAUAUACCUUCCAAGACCUACAACACUUAAUUAUUUUCUUGCUAUAUGGUUACUUUUACCUACCGUGACCGUUUUUCCUUCGGCAGUUCUUUCAGGAAUUUAUAGAGAUCUUGGUAAUAAUGAAGCAGCAGAUCGUUGGACUUCUACACAAUAUAUUAUCUAUUUUUUCAUUUUAAUGUUAUUUGCUACAGUUGGAGCAUAUUAUGGAAUUAAUUUCAUGUUAAUACUUCGAGGUUCAAUGAAACAAUUUAAUCGUAAAUCAACAAAUUAUCAUCAAACAAAGAAUGGAGCACGAGAAGCUCUUGAACGUCUUAAAUAUACUAUGAUAUACCUUGCAGCUCUUCCCCUUAUUACUGCACCUUGUUGGGGAAUGUAUGGUAUCUACCGUAUCAAAUUGAUUUCUUCAAUGAAUGUAGCAAAUAUUUUAAUGGCAGCUAUAUGGCAUACAUCAGGACCUCAACCUAUAAUAGCUAUAUGUCAAUAUUUAUUAGCAAAACGUGUUUAUUUACAUUUCACUGGUAAACUUACUUCAUCGCAAAAUGAAUCUAUAGGUUCAAAUUCGAAUUUAACUCAACAAAGACCAACUUUAGCUCGUUCACCUACUUCAAAUACUUUUGGUGAAUUUGCUACUAAUGAUAAUAGUCCUAAUUUAUCCGAAGAUUUUGCUAUAGAUUUAAAACCUAUUCGAAAUGAUUUCAAUGAUAAUAAUAAUUUAUUAGGUGCUGAUUUAGCUAUAACUGUCCCUGCACCCGCUUAUGGAUCAGAUCAUGACAUAGAACGACGAGCUUAA